AUGACUCGGCGGAGCCAGUGCCCGCUGCAGUGCUUUUUCCAGGCGAUGCACGCGCUCGACGACAGCCUCGCGGUGGUGCCGCUCGAGCAGCCUCCCGAGAAUAGCCACAUCCUCCCGCGCGCCGCGGCCGUGUGGUGCAUCAUUGCGAAGAGCGAGGGGUUCCAGCACAUCACCACGUCGUUGCAGAUGGUGGCGUUGUGCGUCUCAGAGUUCUCCAAGCGUUUGGGCACUGGCGUCCCCCCCAUCCUCGCUGGCGACAUCGAGCGGGAGGAGCUGCGGCUGCUCCGCGCCGGCCUGCCGGACCUGCACGAGCCGACGAUGCUGCAGUGGAUCGACUUGGUGCGCGAGCGCUUCAACGUGGUCUCCCGGGGCCGCGCCGGGAACGUGUUCCCCGCCACGGCGCCGUGGAUGCACUCCGUGGCCGCCCUGGCGAUGCACAGCAUGCCGUCGAGCGAGGAUCCUUCCGCGCGCGAGGACCAAGAGCACACGCGCCGCCACCCGGGCCCGCUGGCACCCGCGCCGGCGUCCUCCUCGUUGGGCCCGCCGCCGGCCCGCGCGCUCGCGAGCAUGCUCGACUGCUGCCUCAAGGGCAACUCCAACGAGGCGCGGCCCCGGCAUGCCGAGUGCCCGCGGUCCGCGGUCAGCUGCUUUGGCUGGGCCCAGCCGCACCAGCCGCUGCGGCUGCUCACUGACAUGCGCGCCUCUCCUGCUGCCCGAGGUGGCACAGGUUAUGACGUGCUGCGGUCCAGCGCGGCGUAG